UGCGUCCUCGGGGCGCCGCGAGCCGGAUCAGGAGCCGACACGGCUGUGAUCAGCCCCCAGGACCCCACGCUCCUCAUCGGCUCCUCCCUGCAGGCCACGUGCUCAGUGCAUGGGGACCCGCCAGGGGCCACUGCCGAGGGCCUCUACUGGACCCUGAACGGGCGCCGCCUGCCCCGCGAGCUCUCCCGAGUGCUCAACGCCUCCACUCUGGCCCUUGCCCUGGCCAACCUCAACGGAUCCAGGCAGCAGUCAGGGGACAACCUCGUGUGCCACGCCCGUGACGGCAGCAUCUUGGCUGGCUCCUGCCUCUAUGUUGGCCUGCCCCCAGAGAAACCCUUCAACAUCAGCUGCUGGUCCAAGAACAUGAAGGACCUGACAUGCCGCUGGACGCCGGGGGCCCAAGGGGAAACCUUCCUUCACACCAACUAUUCCCUCAAGUACAAGCUGAGGUGGUACGGGCAGGACAACACAUGUGAGGAGUACCACACGGUGGGACCUCACUCCUGCCACAUUCCCAAGGACCUGGCUCUCUUUACCCCCUACGAGAUCUGGGUAGAGGCCACCAACCGGCUGGGCUCAGCCCGCUCCGAUGUGCUCACACUGGACAUCCUGGAUGUGGUGACCACCGACCCCCCGCCCGACGUGCACGUGAGCCGUGUCGGGGGCCUGGAGGACCAGCUGAGCGUGCGCUGGGUGUCACCGCCUGCCCUCAAGGACUUCCUCUUCCAAGCCAAGUACCAGAUCCGCUACCGGGUGGAGGACAGCGUGGAUUGGAAGGUGGUGGACGACGUGAGCAACCAGACCUCGUGCCGCCUGGCCGGCCUGAAGCCCGGGACAGUCUACUUCGUGCAAGUGCGCUGUAACCCCUUCGGCAUCUACGGCUCCAAGAAGGCAGGGAUCUGGAGCGAGUGGAGCCACCCCACGGCCGCCUCCACCCCCCGCAGCGAGCGCCCGGGCCCGGGCGGCGGGGCGUGCGAGCCGCGGGGCGGCGAGCCGAGCUCGGGGCCGGUGCGGCGCGAGCUCAAGCAGUUUCUGGGCUGGCUCAAGAAGCACGCGUACUGCUCGAACCUCAGCUUCCGCCUCUACGACCAGUGGCGAGCGUGGAUGCAGAAAUCGCACAAGACCCGCAACCAGGACGAGCGGAUCCUGCCCACGGGCAGACGCGGCGCGGCGAGAGGUAACGGGGCCCAGGUCCUGCCAGAUAAGCUGUAGGAGCUGGGGCCACCCUCCCUGCCUCAUGGAGACCUGGGGGCUGCACCCAGACUGGGGGUCACCUCUGUAUCCUCACCUCAGGGCACCCAAGCACCCUCAGCAGCAGCUGGGGUGGGUGCCCUGGCUCCGAGGGCCACGACAGC